AGCCGUUUGUAACACAGCCUUUUCUAAACGCAGACUUGUCAGCUACUUAGCAGCCAAGUUCCACAAGCGAAUAUUUUUUCUGAUACGCCGCUGUGACUGUUGAUUAAUCGAUGUGUUUGUGUUUUAAAAAUACUAUUUUCCGUCACUCCUUAGUGAGGCAGUCAUUGUAAUAUAUAAAAUCCGAGGAUUAAUACGGUUAGCAAACCGGCUAGCCUCUGGAGCUAGCUGUUUCACAAAUUACUGGGAGUCUGUUUGGAAUUAGCCUAACCUAGCACUUAUUUUACAUCAUCAAACCUCACAGGUCUUCUGAAAUCCCACACUGAAUAAACACCAUGAAGCUCUACAGUUUGUGUGUGUUGUACAAAGGAACGAGCAAGGCCAACCUUCUCAAAGCAGCCUAUGAUUUGUCUUCAUUCAGUUUUUUUCAGAGAUCCAGUGUACAAGAGUUCAUGACCUUCACCAGCAGCCUGAUAGUCGAGCGCUCCUCAAUAGGAAGCCGUGCAUCCGUCAAAGAGCAAGAAUACCUGUGCCACGUGUACGUCCGGAGCGACAGUCUCAGCGGAGUGGUGAUUGCAGAUAACGAGUAUCCCUCCAGAGUGUGCUUCACUUUGCUCGAUAAGGUGUUGGAGGAAUUUUCUCGGCAGGUGAACAGCAUAGACUGGCCCUCGGGCUCACCGACUACAGUUCAGUACACCGCUUUAGACAGCUACCUGGCUAAGUAUCAGAACCCACGGGAAGCUGAUGCCAUGACCAAGGUGCAAGCUGAACUGGAUGAAACCAAAAUUAUUUUGCACAACACAAUGGAGUCGCUUCUGGAAAGAGGAGAAAAGCUGGAUGACUUGGUACAGAAAUCAGAGCACCUGGGAAACCAGUCAAAAGCCUUUUACAAAACGGCACGGAAGCAGAACUCUUGUUGCGAGGUGAUGUGAUGAAAUCAUGGUGACGGAUUAGACUCUCCUGGACCACCUUUUCUUUAUCUCUGUCUCUCUCUCUUUCUGUCCCUCUCUCGGCCUGAGCCCAGCCACAGAGCUGGCGCAACAGUUCCAGAGAACUUCUAGUAAGUGUCGAGGAUGGAGAGAAUCCUUUUUUUUUUUUUUUGGUUUUUGUUUGUUUGAUUGGUUUUGUCGUUGCUGUUGUUUUGUUCUUUCCCUGGGACAGAGGGACUGAUUUCCCAGACUACACCACACUUCUUUACUAAGCCGUAAGAGGGCUCGCUUCGAAGGUUAAGACAUAAAAUCUCCACUGUGCCUUACUUUAAGUGGCUGCGCAUUCAGUUAGACUGUUAGCCUUAAUAAUGAACAUUUCAAGCGGUGGGUGAAGAAAUAAAGGAGGGGAGAAAGAAAAGAAAGUCUGGGAAAUGCAUUGAUCAUGGGUGAGGACAAGGUUCCAACACUAAUGUCUUAUAGUGUGUAUGCUUCAAGAAUUGUGAAAUAAAUCAAGUGCAUUAUAUCAGACUGGCUUUUACCUCACCUUCGCAAAACAUAAGCAAUUCAUUAAAAAUUGAUUCAUUAAUUCGUGUUUUUUAUUUAUUUAUUUAUUAUUAUUUCACAUUCCCCAAUUUAUUUGGAUCAGACAAUUAAGUGUUAAAGGUAAUUGUUUAGGUGUCUUUUUGUUUUUGUUUUUUUUCCCUUUGAGUGUGGUUUCCUCUGAAAUCAGUCCCUUACCCUUGAAUGACAUGAACACACACACACACACGUACAGCGUCCAGUUCUCUCUUUUUUUUUUCCCCGCCGGACAGAACUACUUAAUGUGAAUCAUCUUCACAUUAACUAGCUCUGACCCUCUACAAUCAGUGUUGAGUGUUGAAUCAUCUUUAUAAAUGUUUUAAUUCCUUUCUUUAAAUCUGGCACAUACUGAAAUUAUAAAACUACUAAAGCGACCUAAUCCCCAACUUGGUAUAUUUUAAAUUCGCAGCAUCGUGAAACGGUUGUCGUUUAGGACAGUACUCCUCUCUGUGCUGGUGUAGAUCAGAGAAAUGUUUGAGAUUCAGACAUCUGGAGACGUUCAAAAAUGACGUGUUUUUUUUGUUGUUGUUGUUGUUAAACAUACUUGUGAUUCCAUGGUGUGAAGGAAAAAAAAAAAAGAAAGAAAAAAAAAUUCUAGUGAUCUGGUGGUGUUUAACUUCAUACAGAGUCGUUGCUGAAUCUCGGCGGCUUGUGUGUCCCUAAUGUAUGGGUUGUAUUGUAUAAAUAAAAAAUAAAAAAGUGUUUCCAUGUCCAAAAAUAUGACGCGCUGCUCUGAAGGACCUCCUGUGGUGCCUUUUUUUUUUUGGGGUGUUUUAAAUUGCCAAAUCUCUGCAGCUCAUUCAGUCUUGAUGUCAAGAUUGAACGGCAAAUGUUUUGUGUAGUUGUGUAUAAAACUAACUUGGCAAAAUAUAUUCCUAACACAUACGUUAAAAAAAAAAAAAAAAAAGGUUUCUAGGCAACAUAUUGGAAAAUGUUGUGUUGAAUAUUCUGUAUCUUUUCUUUUUCUUUUUCUUCUUGGGUUCAGAUGCACAGCUGACCUGCUUUGUACUGUAGUUAUUUAAUCUCCUCAUCUCAAUGUACUCAACAGUAUCGAUGUAAAAUUAACACCGCAGUUGCAUAAAGUGGGAAAGUUCUUUUCAAUCUCUGCAAAUGAAAUAACAUCACGUUGCUGAA